GAAGUCUGAAACCCAUCUUCACCGUUUCCCACACUCCCGAUAUAUUUUCAUUAUGGAGCAGUUCAGAGGGCAACCGAGACUCCCGAAAUUCGCUGUCCCGAAACGAUACGAUAUUCAUCUCGAACCGGACCUUGCGGCCUGCAAAUUCGCCGGUUCCGUUCAGAUCGACCUCGACAUCGUCGACGCCACCAACUUCAUCGUCCUCAAUGCCGCCGACCUCGCCGUUGCUCACAACGCCGUCUCCUUCAAAAGCCAAACCUCCUCCAAGGUUUUUGAGCCUUCCAAGGUCGAAAUCGUGGAAGAAGAUGAGAUUUUGGUGUUGGAGUUCUCCGAGGUUCUUCCACUCGAGAUGGGAGUUUUGGCUAUUGGGUUUGAAGGAACUCUAAAUGACAAAAUGAAGGGGUUCUACAGAAGCACUUUUGAGCAUAAUGGGGAAAAGAGGAAUAUGGCGGUUACGCAGUUCGAACCAGCUGAUGCCAGGCGAUGCUUUCCAUGCUGGGAUGAGCCUGCUUGCAAGGCUACAUUCAAGAUCACAUUAGAUGUGCCCUCUGACCUCAUAGCUCUUUCAAAUAUGCCUGUCAUAGAAGAAAAACCGAAUGGGCAUCUCAAGACAGUUUCCUAUCAAGAAUCGCCAAUUAUGUCUACAUAUUUGGUGGCAGUUGUCAUUGGUCUGUUUGAUUAUGUGGAAGAUCAUACACCUGAUGGGAUCAAAGUUCGUGUCUACUGUCAAGUUGGUAAGGCAAAUCAAGGGAAAUUUGCUUUGGAUGUGGCUGUCAAGACACUUGAUUUAUACAAAGAAUACUUUGCUUGUCCAUACUCACUACCCAAAUUGGACAUGAUUGCAAUCCCUGAUUUUGCUGCUGGGGCAAUGGAAAACUACGGUUUAGUUACAUAUCGUGAAACAGCUUUGCUUUAUGAUGAGAAACAUUCUGCAGCUGCUAACAAGCAGAGGGUUGCUACUGUUGUAGCCCAUGAACUGGCGCACCAGUGGUUUGGCAAUCUUGUAACAAUGGAGUGGUGGACACAUUUAUGGCUGAACGAGGGAUUUGCAACAUGGGUGAGCUAUUUAGCAGCUGAUAGUUUGUUUCCACAAUGGAAAGUUUGGACUCAGUUUCUUGAUGAAAGUACUGAGGGUCUUAGGUUGGAUGGGCUAGCAGAGUCCCAUCCCAUUGAGGUGGAGAUAAAUCAUGCUGGUGAGAUUGAUGAAAUAUUUGAUGCAAUAAGUUACAGAAAAGGUGCAUCUGUUAUCAGGAUGCUGCAGAGCUAUCUUGGUGCUGAAUGUUUUCAGAGGUCACUUGCUUCAUACAUAAAAAAGCAUGCUUGCUCAAAUGCAAAGACGGAAGACUUAUGGGCUGCCCUUGAGGAGGGAUCUGGUGAACCUGUGAACAGGCUAAUGAAUUCAUGGACAAAACAAAAAGGAUAUCCAGUUGUCUCUGUCAAAAUCAAUAAUCAGAAAUUGGAGUUUGAGCAGACACAGUUCUUGUCAAGUGGUUCCCAAGGGGAUGGGCAAUGGAUUGUCCCAAUAACGUUAUGCUGUGGCUCAUAUGAUACUCCCCAUAAUUUCCUAUUGCAAACAAAAUCUGAAAGUCUUGAUAUGAAGGAAUUCCUGGGCUGCUGUGUUGGAGGGGGAAACGAUAAAAGCGUUGCAGUGUGUUCUUGGAUAAAACUUAAUGUGGACCAGACUGGUUUCUAUAGGGUGAAAUAUGAUGAGAAGCUUGCAGCUGGACUUAGAUCUGCAAUCGAGAAAAAUGACUUGUCUGCAACAGAUAGAUUUGGUAUUUUGGAUGAUUCAUUUGCCCUUUGUAUGGCAUGCCAGCAGUCUCUGACCUCUUUGCUUACUUUGAUGGGAGCUUACAGGGAGGAACUUGAUUAUACUGUGCUGUCUAAUUUGAUUAGUAUAAGUUACAAAGUUGCAAGAAUUGCGGCUGAUGCAACUCCUGAAUUAGUAGACUACAUCAAAGAAUUUUUCAUUAGCCUUUUCCAGUAUUCUGCAGAGAAACUUGGUUGGGAGCCAAGACCAGGUGAGGGCCACUUAGAUGCAAUGUUGAGAGGGGAAGUUUUGACUGCCCUUGCUGUUUUUGGGCAUGAUUUGACGAUAAAUGAAGCAAGUAGGCGUUUUCAUGCAUUCUUGGAUGACAGAAAUACUCCACUCCUCCCUCCUGAUAUAAGAAAGGCAGCCUAUGUCGCUGUGAUGCAGAAUGUCACGACCUCAAACAGAUCAGGCUAUGAAUCUCUUCUGAGAGUUUAUAGAGAGACUGAUCUAAGCCAGGAAAAAACACGCAUUUUAGGUUCUUUGGCUUCUUGUCCAGACCCUAAUAUCGUUCUUGAAGUUCUCAACUUUGUGUUGUCUUCUGAGGUUCGAAGUCAAGAUGCUGUUUUCGGACUUGCUGUUAGUAGGGAAGGACGUGAAACAGCUUGGUCAUGGCUAAAGAACAACUGGGAUUACAUCUCAAAAACAUGGGGAUCUGGAUUUCUUAUAACCCGCUUCGUCAGUGCAAUCGUCUCCCCGUUUGCUUCAUUUGAGAAGGCCAGUGAGGUACAGGAGUUCUUCGCAACCCGAACCAAGCCCUCAAUUGCUAGAACCUUGAAGCAGAGCAUUGAACGGGUUCAUAUUAAUGCAAAAUGGGUUGAGAGUAUUCAGAAUGAGAAACAUCUUGCAGAUGCUGUGAAGGAGUUGGCAUACCGGAAAUACUAGAAUACAGUUUUACCGCGGCCCCUGUUCCUCGUGACCAGAAUGCCACCAAAAUAAGAGACAUGGUAGUGAAUAUGCUGGACAUAAUAACCUUUAAUUAUGUUACUAAUAAAUAUAUAUGAGUGUGUCGCCUAUGUGAGCUUAUUUAGUUGAAUAUGUGGAAUGAAUUAUUAAUUUAUGCUUUAUGACUGUUGCCCUAUAUUUCCGUUUA